GCGAUCUGCACGUGCGUCAUUUGUGUAUUUCAGUUUGUUUUGUCUUUUCGGAAUUUCAGCUUCUGGAGAAUUUUGGAAAAGAAUAUUCAAAUUCUCAAUACGAUCUCAAAUGGCAUUAUUUAUUGGAUGCAAAUAAUAAUAUUUUUUAGAAUAGCAUUAUUUGAAUAGUUAAAUUGUAGAAUGCGCGAGAGAUAUAGCAACAGGUUAGCAAAGAGGGUUGAAGCAGUGGUAUAUGAGAACGAUAGAGCGCUGGAAAGAGAUAAUCUGGGAGUGGCAUUGGCCAAAUGUGGGAUGUGGGAUGUGGAAGGAAGGAAAGAGCAGCAGCAGUUAACCAGGUUUCAAGAUCUGUGCAAUCAGACUGGGUGGUGGAAUUGCCUCGAGAGGAUCCAACCAGAGGAAUAAACUUGAAUAAACUUGACAGUAAACUUGAAUUGAGAAAUUUUAGGUGAAAAGAGAAAAGAGACAAGAACGAGAGAUGUGGUAACGACCCAAGAAAGACCUUCUCCAGGGCUACGCAGAGCCGGCUGGAUGCAGCAGCGCAGCGGAACGCGUGCAUCCGCGCGUGUUCGCCAGGGGGAGCGAACACUGCGCUGAUCUGGCAACCAUCCGAGGGCGUUGCCACGUGCGGACAAGAUCCGUCUGGCGUACCGCGCCUGCGGGCGUCUGGGUGCGUGUGAACGUCGGGCGCUGAUUGGCC